GAUAUGCACACAAAGCUUCUUUCUUUGUACCUGAAUCUUGUCUUUUCUUUGUUAAUUGCAGUAUCAGGGUCUGUCUGUAUCAUUCCGGCAUGUUGGAGCAUUUGUCCCGCAGGAAUCGGUCGCUGUUGUCUCUCUCGCUGACCUCUCUGGCCCUAACGCUCUCUGUUUUGGCCUUCUGUACCUCAUACUGGUGUGAAGGCACACACAAAGUGGUCAAACCUCUCUGUCUGUCGCCUGUCAAAAUGAAGAACUGCGGAAAGAACAACAGCCAGCCUUAUACAACUGAGGUCCCAACAGCAGACCCCAAGAAGCCGGACUCCAAUGUGACAGUGUCCCCAAAGCAGAAGGAGGAACUGGCCCGUAUGAGAGCCAAAAAUCUGGCAAAUGCAGUUCACUACAUCUGGGAGACGGGUGAAGACAAAUACAUGCUGCGCUACUUUCACACUGGCUUCUGGUUGUCCUGUGAGAAACACAAUGACGGUGACGGUGAGGGCAAUUGCUUCAGUAUAUUUCUUUCUGAAAUCUGUAAGCUUUUAAUGAUGAUGUUAAGUGAUAUAUUAAGCUACAAAUCAUCCAAACUCACUUUUAUUGGCAGUUAUUUUGCUGCUGUUUGGCUGGAGACUUCCAAUGUUCUUUAUAUAAUUUUCAAAUUCAAUUCGGAUCCGAAGAAAAUGAGUAAAACAAACAAUAUAGAUAGACCUCAGACGUGGGACUACGGCUGGUCAUUUGCCAUGGCGUGGAUCUCCUUCAGCUGUUGCAUGGCAGCCGCUGUAUUCACCCUGAACUCUUACACCAAAACCCUGAUUGAUGAAGCCCGCCAUUCGCCGCCCUAUGAUGAGGUCAUCACAACCGGCGGUGGGAGCCUCUACUCCAUCAGCCGACUGGUUCAGCAAUGCCAGAAGGGCGCGUUAAUCGACACCACAUGGAGCUGCAGGGAGGAAGUGCCUGGUGGGGGUAUGGUGGGGGCAAAAAGUCCUCAUGGACUGGUACUGGUAGGGGGGUGUGGGAGAGAGGGAUGCCAGGACUGUGAGAGAGAAAUAAAUGAAGUGGAAGAUGCAUUAGAGAGGGAAGGGAAUGAUGAAAUGUGCCUGUAGUUAAUCCUUCGUCGUCAGCAGCAUCAGCCACAUUAGUGACCAUGUUUACAUGCAUAUCAUUUUCUCAUUUUGAUCCAUAUUUUAG